AUGAAUAACACUGCUACUAACUUCAGAAUCUCCAAAUUGGAAGAGAGCAUAUCUGAUUUGCAUGACAAACUGGACCGUCAAAACGAUCUGCUCAAGGAUCUUGCUCAACUUUUAGCUCCAUCAUUUGCUGAUCCAAGUAACAGCAAUUUAAGUUCUCAUAUUCUUGAAGCAAGUCAGCAAGCAAAAACAACAGGUAUUGCCAACUCGUUGAAUCCAGAUCUUUUAGGUAAGCGUAAUAUUCCAAAGGUUCUUGAAGAAGCAACAAAGAAACAAGAAGAAACAAGACAAAAUUGCUUCCCGACUCCUCGUUUACGUUUGCUCGCUCUUUUAAACUAUUUUAACAAAAAACAAGGAAACAAAAAUCUGCAAUUAGAGGACAAACUUAACCUGCAGCACUAUGCCAUUCUUAAGUCUCUUGCAAGAAAAACUCACGAUGAUAUGGCAGACAAAAUUAUGAAGCACCUGCGAAGUAAAGAUUUACCACAAGUUUUGCCUGUUUGGUCAAAAGUCUCUUCCUCACUACUUUCAAAAUACGCGUUCAUGUUGGAAAACAAUGCAAAUAGUCAUGGCUAUCCACUGCAUCAGUGUAUAAACUCGUGGGCUGCUACGCUUUUGUUAUUUGAAACUCACAAGCAUCGAAGCAACAGAGCACGAAUUAGGGCUGUUGUCUACAACAACCCUUCACCCAGUAUCAAUCAACGUAUUGCCGAACAAACGAGGGAAGAGAAUGCAAUUGAAAAAGAUGACGUUAAUAACAUGUACAACCAAUACAUUCAAGAAUACAUAUCUGAUUCUGGUGGUGAGCCGGAUUAUAGCUAUUAUGAUCUACCCACCACCCAAAACAAUUCCACUGCCUCUGCUCAUCCCACCAUUGCCACUACCUCUGCCAUUAACUCUGCUGAUGCUUCCGGUCGUCCGACCACUGCCACUACCUCUGCUCGUCCCACCAUUGCCACUACCUCUGCCAUUAACUCUGCUGAUGCUUCCGGUCGUUCUUCCCCUGUUUCUUUGGCUCCUCAAAAACGGAGAAAACCUAAUAGAAUCAUCCGCAAAUAUGAAGACAGUGAUGACGAAGACGCUAUCAUUAAGCCAAAACACGGUCGCAAACAAUACUAUGUCAAAAGGAAGUUUAUUCGUCAUUCCAACGCCUUGGUUACAUUUUGCUUCCAUGUCAUCUAUACAUCAGCUUUUUCUGGCUUCUUUUUUGUCUUCUUUGGAAGCUAUUGUUAUGUACGGUUUAUUCAAAGAUUAAAUGGUACACGUCUUAAACCUUUACGUUUUCCUUUAGUGCCUCACCAGUUUAGCGUUAAAAAUUCCUCUAAUACGCACUGGUUAUUUCUGUCUGAGCCCAAAUUGAAGCAUCUUCCAACCUCCUUUAUGAAAAACAUGUAA